GUCCACUGGAAUCCGGUGGAGUCUGCUGGAGUCCACUGGAGUCCGGUGGAAUCUGCUGGAAUCUGCUGGAGUCUGCCGGAGUCCACUGGAGUCCACUGGAGUCUGCCAGAGUCUGCCGGAAUGAGUCCGGAAAGACUCCGGUGGAAUUUACUGGACUCCACUGGACUCCAGUGGACUGGACUAACAAAUUUGGCCUAUGUCACACUGAAAAAUCCUGGACUGGAGUCCGGUGGAGUCCGGUGGAGUCCAGUAAAUUCCACCGGAUUCCAGCGGAGUAUGUGGGGGAGUGUACAGUCCUCUUGUGCUGCCAAAUUCAGCCUGAGAGCUGCUUUGUAAGCAGCUCUCAUCCACCAAUCUGACUUCCUUUCACUUCUACCUCCACCAUAUUGUUCUCUCAUCUGUCCUAGCUAUCAAAUAUUGUUCAUUUAGUCAUAUAGUGUUGGUAAACAAGCCUAUUCUACCUCUAAAUUAUACUUAGCC